AAUUAAAACGAGACAAAUCUAAAUAAAAUCCAUUGUGCUUGAGAGGGUAAAAGAAAAGUUGGCUACGGGGGCAAAAUGGGUCUACAUAAACUAGGUGAGUCGCCAGUUAUAAUUAAAUGGAAGUAUAUGGGCGAGAGUGUAAAUAAACUAAAAUGCUAAAACCCCUGGCCCUAAAUUAGCAAGCUAACAACAAAGCCCGACCAAAAACCCUCCUCCGCGGCGAGUUCCAGAAUAUUGCAGCAAAAAUGUUCUCCGCUAACGCUAGAAAUCUCCGGCAGCAUUCGAUCAGAACCCUCUCAUCUCUGCUCCUCAAUCAAAGGAACGAGAUGCCGGCAGUAAGAAGUGUUUCGGAGAAAUUGGCGCCUGGCAUUAGCAAUUUGAGCUGUGGAAAAAUGUGGAAUUAUUAUUUUGAUGGAGGUCGAGGGUUUUCAACGAAGGGAAUGAGCAGUAGAGUGGAGAAGCGGAUGCAUAAGGAGUCGGGCAAAACCCUAAGCGAAUCACGAAGGGCUACAAAGUUGAGGAAGAAAUUGAUGACUGACGAAGAACGCCUUAUCUACGAUCUUAGAAGAGCAAAGAAAAAGGUUGCUUUGCUUCUUCAGAAACUGAAAAAGUAUGAAUUACCGGAGCUACCACCUUCUCGGCACGACCCUGAGCUGUUCACACUAGAGCAAUUACAGGCAUAUAAGAAGAUUGGGUUCAGAAACAAAAACUAUGUUCCUGUUGGUGUUCGUGGAGUCUUUGGAGGGGUUGUCCAAAAUAUGCAUCUUCACUGGAAGUUCCACGAGACAGUGCAAGUUUGUUGCGAUAAUUUUCCCAAGGAAAAAAUUAAGGAGAUGGCGACCAUGCUGGCAAGAUUGAGUGGUGGGAUUGUAGUCAACAUACACAAUAUAAAAACCAUUAUCAUGUUCCGUGGCAGAAAUUAUCGUCAGCCGAAGAAUUUGAUACCUAUCAACACCCUUACUAAAAGAAAGGCGUUAUUCAAGGCGAGAUUUGAACAAGCUCUCGAAUCUCAGAAACUGAACAUAAAGCAAAGAGAACAGGAGCUACGUAGGAGGGGGGUAAAUCCGGAAGAUCCAGUAGCAAUGGCCAGCAUCCAGAGAGUGGCUUCCACGUUUUUCAAUGCUAUUGACAAGAGAGAGGGAAGUCCCUAUAUCUUUAGGGAGGAUAAAACAACAACAAGAAGUCGAGUGGAACCCGAGGGCUUAAAACUACCUCAGGAUUCUGGAGAUGAAAGUGAUCAGGAGGAUCUCGACAAGUUCAUUGCCGAUCUAGAAGUUGCCGCUGAUAAAGAAUGGGAAGAGGAGGAAGCUGCAGAGAAAGAAGAACUUCACCGGAUUAGAUAUUGGAACAGAGAAGAUUUUGGUGGUAGAUUCCCAAGAUAUGAAGAGAAUGGAGGUGAUUAUUCAGAUGAUGAAAAUGGUGGAAGGGUGAAAAACUGGAAUCAAAAUCAGAAUCAUAGGAGGACAAAUGGUAAUCGUCGGGGCGAAGAUCGAGAUUUUUCUGAGGUGGAUGAAGAUUUGGAAUCUGAUGGUGAUGUCUCUGAGGAAGGUCAUGAUAAAUUUGACGCAAUUAAAGUGGAUAGAAAGCAGCAUAGUAGAGCGAAUAGUAGGGGUUUUAAGUUAGAUGAAACAGAAUACAGGGGUAGGGAGAAAAGGGGUAGUGGUGCUUCAAGAAAUGCGUUAAGCGACUUGGAUGAUGUGGCGUUUGAGUCAGAUGGGGAAGGAGAAAACCCGAGAGAGUAUAGAAGCAGUAGUGACGAGGGGGAAGAAGACUAUGAGCAAUUGCAGAGAUACGAGGGAAGUAAUAAUUCCAAGAGAAGUUCGAAUAAAAGUACUGCCAAAUGGGAAUCAGAUGCCACAUCAGGAGAUGAUGUCAGCAAUGGUGAAAGCGACAAAUGAGUGAAAGAGGAGAUAUGGGGAAGUAGUAGUAGGGAGUGACGGAAAAUCGGAAAAUCUCUCUAGAUAUAAUUUUGGAUUAAAAAAAAAACUUGAUUUGGUUUGUUUACAGACAGAAAUGGAUGAACAUGAUUGCAAAACUUGCAUAGGAGCGAUAUGCUUGAAGACACUAAACGCUCGUCAUGCUGUGUUUGGGCUGAAAAUCUCUGAACCAAUUCAAGCACAUAUCGCACAAGAGCAGAAAAUCAAUGCAUGUAUGUAAACGGUGGAAUCUGGACCGCAGAAAUUCAGUCAACGCACACGUGAUUGUUCUUUUGCAUGAAGAUUGUAGCCAUAUAUACGGAAGGUACUUGGAGACGUUCGGAAAUUAUUUAUGCAUGAGUAUUCGUGU